AUGGCCCAAGAAGGGACGCUUGAAGAAAUCAUCGUCACUUCUCAGCGCCGCGAACAAAGCCUGCAAGAAGUGCCUAUCGCCGUUACCGCCUUUUCCGGUGAGGAAUUGGCCAAACAGAACAUUAAGAGUGCCACUGAGUAUCUUCAGUUAACCCCGAAUGUCAGUUUUACUGAAGACGGUCAAUCUGGCUCGCGCGGACUAGGCAUCGCAAUCCGCGGUAUCAACAAUUUGGUCUCAGGAGAGAACGCGUUCAUUAACUCGAUUGGUCUGUACAUCGACGAGUUCAGCGUCACCUCUGUACCGAACCAAGUGGCCAACCCGUUCCUGCCAGAUAUGGAACGCGUUGAAGUAUUGCGCGGGCCACAGGGCACUUAUUUCGGGCGCAAUUCGGUGGGUGGAGCAAUGAACCUGACGACCCGUGCGCCGACCGAUGAGUUUGAAGGGUCGCUGCAAAUAGGUGGCGAGUCAUAUGACAAUGCUGGCGAGCAAUUCAACGCCACCGGCGUACUCAACAUGCCCGUCAGUGAUAAUUUCGCUAUGCGCGGCGUGCUCUACUAUGAAGACAGUAGUGGUCUGGUUGAUAAUGCCUGUGCCAGGGGCGCCAGCGCCAGUAGCUGCCCAGCAGCAGCCGAAAACGGAUUUACUCCCAACGGUACUGCGGACAGUGGACAUGAAUACACCAUGGCCCGGCUCAAAGGUGCUUGGACUGUGUCUGACAGCACCAAUAUCGAUUUCACCAUCAUUUAUAACGAUGAGAGCCAGGGAACUGAUGAGAACGUGCCGUCGGGCAUUCUGGAUAUCGACAGCGCUGAUUCGUUUGGCCUGACCGCAGCACUCGAUCCAGGUACGGGCUUUUGGCCGAACAAUCGCAACCGCUUGUCGCAUGAUCAACAGGAAGCGAACAACCUGGAAACAACGGUCGCGAUCGUCAACGUCGAACAUACCUUUGCCAACAACACAACGCUCAACUGGAUCACUGGCGUGAUCGAUGCCGAGCAAGAUCGGGUUUUUGACAAUGACCUGAUAGGCGGCGCUGAUACGCUGGUUCGAACCAACACCUACAAGGGUGAUUCGGUGAGCACCGAGCUUCGCCUGACCGGCUCGGGCAAUGCCUCGGACUGGAUUGUCGGCCUGUUGUAUGCCUCAGACGAGCAAACCCAGGACAACAACGUGGCCAUUGCCAGUCAAGCCACAGCAACCCUGGGCGGUGUCGGUUGGCUACCACCGUUCCCCCAGGGCCUUGGCCUUGCGCUGAACCACAAAGAGUUUGAGGUAGAGAGCCUGGCGGUAUUUGCCGACUACACCUGGCAUGCCAGCGAUCAGUGGGACAUCACCAUCGGAGGCCGCUACACUAGCGACGACGUCGAAAACAGUGUGCGGUCCUUCGGUAUUGGCCCCAGUUGUAACCCUAACGACGCCGACUGCAAUUUCUUCGGUGGUUUUGUCAAUUCACCAAGACCACUUGCGGCAGCCAGCGAUUCAUUCACUGAUUUUGCGCCACGUCUGGCAGUCACUUACAACGUAUCGGACGAUGUCAAUCUCUAUGGCGUGAUCUCCAAGGGCUAUAAAGCCGGUGGCAACUCGGUCGGUAAUCAGACCAACUUGGACGGUUCGCCCGCUUUUUCCGUGCCCUUCGACGAAGAAAUAUUGUGGAACUAUGAAAUCGGCCUUAAGAGCCAACUGCUGGACAACCGCUUGCGCUUAAACGUAUCGGCCUUCCUGUUAGAUUGGGAAGAUUUCCAGAUGGAGGCAUUCCGUUUCUUAACUCCAGGCGACUUGUCGUCAAACUUCGAACAGGCAGUCAAUGUCGGCGAAGCUGAGGCCGCCGGUAUUGAGCUCGAGUUCAUCGCGUUACUUAACGACUACUUUACGCUUGGCGGAAGUUUCGGCAUCCUGGACACGGAAAUCACCAGCAACACGACGGUUGAAAUUACCGGUGGAGCGAUGGUGAACCUGCUGGGCCUGGAGAUCCCCAAAGCGCCUGAAAAUACCCUGAAUGUAUUCGGCGAGUUUCGUUACCCUGCCGGCAACAACGAGUGGUGGCUGCGCGCCGAAGUCAUCCAUCGUGAUGGUCAGUAUUCCGACAUCGAAGGUCUGACCAAUCGUCAGACGCGAUCUUUCCGCGAAGUCGGACCAGGCGAGUUUCCGUAUCUGAGCCCCUCUUACACCGUGGUCAAUCUGCGGGGUGGCUACGACUGGGAGCGCUUCGGGGUAAUGGCCUAUGUCCCAAAAUGCUGGUGA